AUGAAUUCUUGGCGGGGCGGGGUCUGCAGUAGUCUUCGGACCUCUCCCAACGCAGGGCUCUCAGACAACCUAACCGACCUGGAGAAGAGAAGGCAGAUCUACGGACAGAACUUCAUCCCCCCCAAGAAGCCGAAGACCUUCCUGCAGUUAGUAUGGGAGGCGCUCCAAGACGUCACGCUGAUCAUUCUAGAAAUUGCUGCCAUCAUCUCCCUGGGCCUGUCUUUUUACGCCCCACCGGGCGAGGAGAGCGAAGCCUGUGGAAACGUAUCAACUGGCGGAGAAGACGAGGGGGAGUCGGAAGCCGGAUGGAUUGAGGGUGCCGCCAUCCUGCUUUCGGUGAUCUGUGUGGUGUUGGUCACGGCUUUCAACGACUGGAGCAAAGAGAAGCAAUUCCGAGGUCUGCAGAGCCGCAUCGAGCAGGAGCAGAAGUUCACCGUUAUCCGCAACGGGCAACAGGUCCAGAUCCCUGUGGCCGAACUGGUUGUGGGGGACAUCGCCCAAGUUAAAUACGGUACUCACGUCAUGGAAGGCUCUGGGCGGAUGGUCGUCACAGCUGUUGGGGUCAACUCACAGACCGGGAUUAUCUUCACUUUGCUGGGUGCCGGUGGGGAAGAGGAAGAGAAGAAAGAUAAGAAAGGGAAGCAGCAAGAUGGGGCGGUGGAGAAUAAUCAGAACAAAGGUCUGGUGAUGUCAGCCAUCACUGUUAUCAUCCUGGUCCUGUACUUCGUCAUCCAGACCUUUGUGAUCGAUGGGAAGACGUGGUUAGCCGAGUGCACCCCAGUCUACGUGCAAUAUUUUGUCAAGUUCUUCAUCAUCGGCGUCACCGUCCUGGUGGUGGCGGUACCCGAAGGCCUUCCGUUGGCCGUCACCAUCUCCUUAGCCUACUCCGUGAAGAAAAUGAUGAAGGAUAACAAUCUGGUUCGCCACCUGGACGCCUGUGAGACAAUGGGCAAUGCCACGGCCAUCUGUUCCGACAAGACCGGCACGCUCACCACCAACCGCAUGACUGUCGUGCAGUGCUACUUGGGCGACACUCAUUACAAGGAGACCCCUGACCCCAGCAACCUGAACCCCAAGACGCUAGACCUGCUGGUGCAUGCCAUCGCCGUCAACAGUGCCUACACCACCAAGAUACUACCUCCAGAGAAAGAAGGGGGCCUGCCCCGCCAGGUCGGCAACAAGACAGAGUGUUCGCUGCUGGGCUUCGUGGUCAACCUGAGGCGGGACUACCAGUCAGUGCGUGACCAGAUCCCUGAGGAGAAGCUCUACAAGGUCUACACCUUUAAUUCUGUCCGCAAGUCCAUGAGCACCGUCACUUGCAUGCCUGACGGCGGCUACCGUCUCUUCAGCAAAGGUGCCUCCGAAAUCGUCCUUAAAAAGUGCACAAACAUCCUAAAUAGCAAUGGGGAGUUGCGCAGCUUCCGGCCCCGGGACCGAGAUGAAAUGGUGAAGAAAGUGAUCGAGCCCAUGGCGUGCAACGGGCUGCGGACCAUCUGCAUCGCAUACCGCGACUUCCCGGCAGGCAAAGAGCCAGAAUGGGACAACGAGAACGAGAUUGUGAUAGACUUGACCUGCAUUGCUGUGGUGGGGAUUGAGGACCCCGUGAGGCCGGAGGUGCCAGAAGCCAUCCGCAAAUGCCAGCGCGCUGGCAUCACUGUCCGCAUGGUGACGGGGGACAACAUCAACACGGCCCGGGCCAUCGCUGCCAAGUGCGGCAUCAUCCAGCCAGGGGAAGAUUUCUUGUGCCUGGAGGGAAAGGAGUUCAACCGGCGGAUCCGCAACGAAAAGGGGGAGUUCGAAAGCAAGAAAUUGCAAAGACAAUGGCCCAAGCGGAUCCUAGCCCGUGCCAAUCAGAAGGCUAGGGAAGCAUUAAUAAAAGGUAUUAUUGACAGCACUACUGGAGAGCAGCGCCAGGUGGUGGCGGUCACCGGGGAUGGGACAAACGACGGGCCAGCGCUCAAGAAGGCCGAUGUGGGCUUUGCCAUGGGCAUAGCAGGCACUGACGUGGCGAAGGAAGCCUCGGACAUCAUCCUGACCGAUGACAACUUCUCCAGCAUCGUCAAGGCAGUGAUGUGGGGCCGCAAUGUGUACGACAGCAUCUCCAAAUUCCUGCAAUUCCAGCUCACGGUCAAUGUGGUGGCCGUCAUCGUGGCCUUCACUGGCGCCUGCAUCACACAGGAUUCCCCACUCAAAGCAGUGCAGAUGCUGUGGGUGAACUUGAUCAUGGACACCUUCGCUUCCCUGGCCCUCGCCACCGAACCCCCGACAGAGUCCCUGCUUCUGCGCAAGCCGUACGGACGCAACAAGCCCCUCCUCCCCCUCAUCUCCCGCACCAUGAUGAAGAAUAUCUUGGGCCACGCCGUGUACCAGCUCACCAUCAUCUUCACCCUCCUCUUUGUGGGCGAGGUUUUUUUCGACAUCGACAGUGGCCGCAAUGCCCCCCUGCACUCCCCGUCCUCGGAGCACUACACCAUCAUCUUCAACACCUUUGUCAUGAUGCAGCUCUUCAACGAGAUCAACGCCCGCAAAAUCCACGGCGAGCGCAACGUCUUUGAUGGCAUUUUCGGCAACCCCAUCUUUUGCAGCAUCGUGCUGGGCACCUUUGUCAUACAGAUUGUCAUUGUGCAGUUUGGGGGGAAGCCAUUCAGCUGUUCCCCACUGAAUGCAGAACAAUGGCUCUGGUGUCUCUUUGUGGGCGUCGGGGAACUCGUCUGGGGACAGGUCAUUGCCAGCAUCCCUACCAGCCAUCUCAAGUGCUUGAAGGAGGCGGGCCACGGUCCCGGCAAGGACGAGAUCACCGACGAAGAGAUGGCGGAGGAUGAGGAGGAAAUUGACCACGCCGAGCGGGAGCUGCGCCGUGGCCAGAUCCUUUGGUUCCGGGGCCUUAAUCGCAUCCAGACCCAGAUCCGCGUAGUGAAAGCGUUCCGUAGCUCCCUCUACGAAGGGCUGGAGAAGCCGGACACGAAGACCUCCAUCCAUAACUUCAUGACGACGCCCGAGUUCUUGAUCAACGACUACAUCCAUAACAUCCCCCUCAUCGACGAUACGGACGUGGAGGAGAGCGAGGCCCCCCCAAGACGGCGAUUCCGGGCCAGCCCCCCACCAUCGCCCAACAAGAACAACAACGCCAUCGACAGCGGCAUCUACCUGAGCACCGAUGCCAGCAAGACACCUACCUCCUCGUCCAGCCCGGUUAGCCCGCUCCACAGCAUGGAAACAUCCCUUUAACACUACCCUGGCCACGCGACGGGUCGAAAUGACUUUGUGCACCACAUCAGGGGUGUCCAAGGGCCUUCCUUGGAGUUCAGGACUAGCC